CUCGCGACCGGCGGCGCGACAACCUCGCGCGGUCCCGGGGCCGCGCAGGAUGACCAGGAGGCUGUACCAGAUGACUUCGAGAAGGUGCUGAAUAUGCUCGCGGCAGCACUUCCGCGCGCGCUGGGUCGCUAUCGGGCCGCGGCUGUGGCACCGCGGUUUCCGACUGCGGCCCUGGGCUCGGUCAUUGACAUGCUGGCCUCGCUGAGGCAGGCGGUGGAACGCGGCGCCGCAGUUGAGGAAGGCUCAGGCCUGCCGCUGCUGCUGCGCGCGGCGGUGGUGAUGCAGCGAAGCGACGUCUGGCCGCAGCUGCUGCAGCUGGUCGGCUUCACCGCUCGGCAGCUGCUGCUGGUCCCUGAGGGCGGUCAGCAGGGCGGCGGCGGCAGCCGCAGUGCUGGCGGCGGCGACGGCGGCGGCGGCGGCGGCGGCAUGGGCCCGCCGUCGGCGGCGGAUGCCGAGGGCGCUGCCAGUGCGCGGGAGCAGCACCAGCGGCUGCACCUGGCGGCCCUACACACCGUGCUCGACUGCCUGUCGACGGUGAGCCUCCUGUGGGCCAUAGAUUUGGCCCUCCCUCACCAGCAGGCGCGCCAGCAGUCGAACCCCCGCGCCCUUGACGCCGCAGCCGCCGCCCACGGCGCCGCCGUUCGCGCCGUCUGUGCGCUGCUGCGUGCGCGGCUACUGCGUGUGCAUGGCCGUCUACUGGCGCAGGCGGCGGACGCGGUCGUAACGCGCCUGCCGCCGCCGCAGCUGCCACUGCUGCCGCCGCCAUUGCAGCUCUCACCGCCUGCGGAGCCUGCGGCUCAUGCUGCGAAGCCGGCGGCGGUGCUGGGCGGAGCGCAGGGGGCUGCGGCCGAGCCGCCGGCGGCCGUUUCGGCGCCAGGGCCAAAGGCCGCGGCGGCGCCGGAGGCGUUGGCUCAUGACGUCGCCACGCGGCGGGCGGUCGCUGAGGCGGAAUUUGCAGCUGCUGUGGGCUGCGGCUGUGGCAACCUCAUGCGCAUCGCCGUUAACCUGGCCGGCCUCCGCCUCUGCAGGCCGCCGCCGCCGCCGCCACCAACGGCGGCGGCGGCGUCCGCAUCGCCCACGGCAGCUGCUGCCACCGGUGCUACCAGUACCAGUGCUGUUGCAGCAAGCUCCGGCGGCGGCAGCUGCUCUGCACCGCCGGAUAGUGGUGGUGACAUCCAUGGUGAUAGUGAUGGGCGACCGCUCUUCGCGCUGCUGCUGCACGAGUUGGGCGCCAGCGGCCUCGUGGAGCAGUCGGCACGGCUGGCGAUAAACUGCGCGCGGCAUGAGGGAGCCGGCGGCGGCGGCAGCAGCGGCUGUAGCAAUAGCAGUAGCAGCAGUAGUGAUGGGCAGCAGCAGAGGCCGAGCGGGUUGGAGGGACCGGAACUUUGCAUAAGAGCCUGCGACGCGCUGUGCAGGGCUGUGACGUGCGUGGCGAAUGCCUGGACGAUGACGCACGCGCGACAGCCACUGGAGGUGGCGGUGACGCUGGCGGCAGCGGGCUUUGGCGGCGGCGAGCGGGGCGUGUGGGGCCUGCCACCGGAACUGGCGGCUGGGCUGCCUGUGAUUGGCGCCAGGGCCGCCGCUGAGGAUGCUCGUGAGGGUGGCAGUGGCAGCCACCGUGGUGGUGAUGGUGGUGGCGUUGAGAAGUAUGACCUGCGACCCAUGCUGCAGACACCGGCACAGCCACCACCGCAGGCGGUGCCGCCUGGGGAGCAGGAGCUGCCGGCGCUGCUGCACAAGGUGGCGGCGCAUGUGCUGGAGGAGGCAGAGGCGCUGCCGGCGCGGCAGCAGGUGGCGGCGCGGAUGCGGCGGAUGGUACAGCAGGCGGCGGCCCAGGUCGAAGGGGCGAAGGCGGCUGCAGUGCAGCUGCUGCUGAGUGGCAUCAGCACGGGGGAAGGCAAGCGGUCACUGCAGCAGACGCUGCAGCAAAUGGAGGAGGAGCUUGAUGUUCUGAAGCAAGCGCAGGAGCAGCAAGCGGAGCAACUGAACCUGGCGUCGGCAAAAACCGCUGGGGCGAUUGAGGCGGCGGCGAAACUGCAGCAAAUGGCCGCCGCGUUGUCGGAUUCGCCGCCCUCGCUGCCGCUGCUGCACCACGACACCUUCCGCCUGCUGCUCUGCCUGCUCGCCGCGGACCUCUGCAGGUCAAACCUUGCGUUUGGAGCAGCACUCGCGGCAGCAGCAGCAGCAGCAGCAGAGGGUGCGGUGGGAGCAGGUGAACGCAGUGACGGCGCUGGCAGUAGCAGCGGCAGUAGCAGUGGCAAUGGUGGCACUGCCAGCGGCAGCAGCAAUGCUGACACCAGCAGCAGCGGCUGGCUCUUCCCUGUCAGCCGCCGUGCGAUGUAUGAGUUGCUGUUGCGGGUGGCGGACCUGGCGGCUGCGACGGCGGCGGCUGGAGCAGCACCAGCAGCCGCCUCCGACGCAGCCGCCUCGGGCAAUGCCGCCUCGGGCGCUGCAAACGGAAGUCUGCACUACGCAGCAACCGAGGCAGCAGCAGGUAGUGUGAGUGGCGUCAGCACCGGCACCGGCACCGGCACCGGCACCGGCACCGGCACCGGCACCGGCACUACCGGCACCAGCACCAGCACCGGUGGCGGUGGGGCUUCCGGUUGCGGGCGCCCCUCCAGCCAACCGCUGCUGCUGCUGCAGCCUGACCAUGCAUGGGACACGGGCUGCACCGCGCUUGUGCUGGCUAAGCAGCUGCAGAUGCAGCAGCACGCAAUGGGCUCCACGGCUGCAGCCGCGGCGUCUACAGCGCAUGCGGUGGAGUGGGCGGCGGCGGCGGCGGCCCCAGAGGCAGCGCCUGGCGCGCCGCCUGCAGACGCGGCCAGUGCCGCGGCCGCCACCGGCGGUGUCGGUGUCAGCGCAAGCAACGGUCCCGCAGCCACUUGCAGGUCACACGGUGCAGAUGUUGACGGCGGCGAUGACUAUCUCCCAUUGGAUCCCCGCUGGUGGCGGGCGGUGGUUGCGCUGCUGCGGUCGCGCACGUGGACGGAUGCCUCCGCAACGCUCGAGAAGUCUCCCAUUCGCGGUGUGCUCGGCAGGGAGCGCUUGCCUGGCCUGCUGACGCCGCGCCGCGCGCCGCCGGGCCUGAAGGCGGCUCUGGCGGCAGGACUGGUGCCUGCGGUGGAGUGUGCGCUCCGGCGCGCGCAGACAUCGGUGGCGGCGGCCCACUUGGCUGCUUCCUUCUCCCAGCUGCCGCCGGCGGGGGAACAUGUUGCGGGCUGCUGCUGGCCCUUCCUGCAGCAGCUGCUGGCGUUCACGCCGCCGCACCAGACGGCCGAGACGGCUGCGCUCAUCACCAGCUUGGGCAAGCGGGCGCACGCGGCGAUGGAGGAGGUACAGCUGUGUGACGCGGCUACGUGCGUGUCGCAGGCGCAGAGGCCAUGGUGGCGGUUUACGACGUGCAUACUCGCGCUCCUUCCGCCGUCGCCCUGGGCUGUGAGGAUCGACGGCAGUAGCAGCAGCGCCGCCGGCACAGGCAGUGACGGCAGCUUUGAGGAGGAGCUGCCGGCGGCGGCAGUAGCAGUGGCAGGGGCGCCCGCCGUCGUGCGGCGGCUCCAGACGCGGCAGGUGCGGCUGCUGCUGUCGCAUGCGCUGCACCGCUGGCUGCCGGUGCUGUCUCGCGCGGUGCAGCUGUCGGCGGCGGUGCAAGCGGCGACGGAAGUGCAACAGCCGCACUUGCUGGUCAGCCCGCUGUUGCAACUGCUGGUGUGGGUGCAGCCAGCGCUGCUGGCCCUGCUUAACGCGGAGGCGCAAACGCAGCCGCAGCCGCAGGCGCAGCCGGAGGUGGAGGUGGAGGGCAUGUGCGGGAAGCAGCCGGGACCGCAACAGCAGCCGGAGCCGCAGCCUAGCGCGGGCGGCAGCGAAAGCGGCAGAAUAGCCGCCGCCGCUGCCUCCAUGGCCGUGAAGGGCAAGGCGGCGCAGCUCGUCGCCGCCAGCUGGCGUCAGUUCCUGUUACACGAUUUGGACAUCGUGGCGUUGACACAGACGGCUCUGACGCUGCUCGACGCAGCGCCGCCCGCCGCCGCCGCCGCCGCCGACAAUGACGACGUCGAGCGCCGCCGCUGUCACUCCGAGCUCAGAGGCCACCUGGUCAACACGCUGGCUGCGGUCGCCCUGGCCGCACCCGACGCCCUUGUGUCCGUGCUACAGCCCGCCGGUGGCAGCAGCGGCAGUAGCAGUACCGCGGCGGCUGGCAGUAGCACGGCAGGGCAGCCGCAGCCGCAGCCACAGCCGCAGCCGCAGGCGCCGGAGCCCGCGGCCCUGUCGGUCUGGCGGCCGGCGGCUCUGCGCCGGCUGCUGCUCAGUGGUGGUGUCGCCGGCGCCUCGUCUAAUGGCGCUCCGCCACCCCCAGCUACAGCCGCCGCCAGGGGAGGUGGUGACGCCGGUGACGGCCCACUGCCGGCCGGCGCCGCGAGGCAGGUGCUGUUGUGGCUUGAGGAGCUGCGCGACCUGAGUGGCAUCAGUGGGGCUGCUGACGGUAACGGCGGCGGCAGUAGCCAAAGCACUGCAGCCUGUGCGUGUGCAGCUGCUACAGCCACUGCUGCAGGCGCUGGUACAGCUGCGGCUGCAAUAGCUACAGCUACAGCCGCUGCUGGCUUCCUGGGCGGCGUGCAGCGGCGUUUGGCCUUGAGCCGGGAGCCGCCGAGCACGGGCGGGGGUGAAGAUGUGACGACCCGGGGCGUUGAGGUGCUGGCCUUUGCGCCCCUGUCCCCGUGGGAGGCAGCUGCAGAGGGCCGCGCCCUGGCUAUGGAGUUGAUGGGCAGUAGCUGUGGCAGUAGCUGUGGCAGUAGCUGUGGCAGUAGCUGUGGCAGUAGCUGUGGCAGUAGCAGUGGCAGUGGCAGUAGCUGUGGCAGUAGCGGCGGGACUGAAGGCGGGGUUGGGGAGGGAGGCGCAGCGGGAGCAACAGGAACGGCAGCAGCGGCAGCGGCAGCGGCAGCGGCCACAGCGCGGGCUGUAUCUCCCGUGUCGGCACUGCCUGGCAGCUGCGCCAACCCGCGAUGCACCGACGUAAGCGGCGACAGCGACCUGGCAGUCACUGGAGGAGGCGGUGGUGGAGGAGGAGGCGGUAGAGGCGGUGGUGGAGGAGGCGGAGGAGGUGGUGGUGGAGUAGGGGGUGGCGGCAUGCGGGCAUGCGGCCGCUGCGGCGUCCUGCGCUACUGCUGCCGCGAGUGCCAGGUGGCGCACUGGCGGGCGGGGCACAAAGAGGCGUGCGCCGCAUUCGCCGCCGCGGCCGCUGCUGACAAGCGCAACUGAACGGAAGUAAGGGCCUACGAUGUUGUGCACGUGUGCGUGUAUGUGCAGACUGCACCGCAACUGGUGUUGCAGUGCACGCGACGGCAGUUAGGUUCCCGUUGAUCGGAGCGUCGGAACACUCGCAGUCCAGGGCCCAGGGGCGAAAGACGACAACAGGCGUGCACGCAGAGGCGCGGCGGGCAGAAGUGCGUUGAGUUGUUGCAACGGUUGUACAGCAGCAACGUAAGCGGCUGGCAUUCAAGCAGGCAAGCAGCGUCAGUGACAGUGCAGCGACUGCAGGUGUUGGCACUGUGAGGCGGCGGUAAGCGGCACGUAGGGCGGACCUGCGUGUUUUUGGUGUCCCUGCUGUGAUGGGGCUGCGCGUUGCGAGGCUGCUGCCAGGCCCGACUGCCGGCGGCCGCACACGCCAUGGGCAGCAGGGCGGAGCGGCAGACCUUUAAGGCCCGUGCGUCGUAACAGGUGUGGCGUUUGGGUGUGCUGGAGGAGACUUCUUGUGAUUGAGGGCAUGAUGGAUCGAUGGGUUCAGGACUCAAGAGUC